CACCCCACAUCUGCCUAGCGAGAGCUCGCCUUCCCCAGCGCCGGGCGGUUAAAAAUGGCCAUCAGAAUGACAACUACGUUGCUUUAUAACAUGGUAUCUUUGCUAGCAUUUGGAUUGGCUUUGGCUUCUAGUCACAGUCCUAGGACCCCAGAUAGAGUUUCCGAAGCAGAUAUUCAAAGACUCCUUCAUGGGGUUAUGGAACAAUUGGGCAUUGCCAGACCCCGAGUAGAAUAUCCAGCACACCAGGCUAUGAAUCUAGUGGGUCCACAGAGCAUUGAAGGUGGUGCUCAUGAAGGUCUUCAGCACUUGGGUCCUUAUGGCAAUAUCCCAAAUAUUGUGGCUGAGUUGACAGGAGAUAAUAUACCAAAGGAUUUCAGUGAAGAUCAAGGCUAUCCUGACCCUCCAAAUCCCUGCCCUAUUGGAAAAACAGCUGACGAUGGGUGUCUAGAAAACACACCAGACACAGCAGAGUUCAGUAGAGAAUACCAGCUGCACCAACACCUUUUUGAUCCAGAACACGACUAUCCCAGCUUCGGCAAGUGGAAUAAGAAUUUACUCUUUGAGAAGAUAAAGAGUGGACCAAAAAGAAGAAAAAGGAGUAUGAACCCAUAUCUGCAAGGACAGAGACUGGAUAACGUUGUAGCAAAGAAGUCUGUUCCUCAUUUUUCAGAUGAAGACAAGGGCACUGAAUAA